AUGUCUGACUUGAAUUGGUUGUACGAUUUUUUGCGCUGCACCCAGCCGUAUGAGAUACAGAAUCUCCGGAAAUGUGUCCGGAUUCUGAACUCCCGAUUGACUGUUGAUUUUUCGUCUGAUUUGAAAGUUACUGUAGCCGAUUCUUCGAUAUGCGUGGAGGCCAUUUUUUUGAAAUUGGCUAUCGAAAAAGCAUUUCUGAACAAGCAAAAUGCGAACAUUAGAUUCUCGAAUUUGAAUAAUUACAGAAUUUAUUUAAAUGAAUAUUUCGUCGUAUAUUUGAAGAAGCCAUUUACUAACAAAUUUAAGAGUGGUAUGACGAUUGUCGUCUGCGAUUUCGGCAUUUACGAUGAUUUUGGGGCCUACGGCAGACAACCUCUUCCUAACAGAAUUGUUAUUCUUGAGAAGUACAAAAUUUUGCGUGAAACGAUGAUGAAGAGGGUAAGGGGUAAUCCCCAGUUGCUCCACGACUCCCAAGAUGACUGCAACAGUUUGGAAAACAUGUAUAAAGAAUAUUAUGGGAUUUUUUUUUUAGAUCUAAAGAAAAACUCUGAAUAUACAAAACUCAAACUGAAAACCACCACCAACAAUAACCUAAAAAUUAUUUUAAAGUAUAGAACGCCACAAACAUUUCAAAGCAAGUUGAAGUCAAAAAAAUAUUCUUCACCAUGCAACAAACAGUCAUCUCAACAUUCUCGGGUUCAACUGCACUCUAGUCAAGUUGGCAGCUGUGAAUUACUGCCUAGGGUUCUCUUAUCUCCAUUGACACUGAGUCCAAAUACGAAAAGUGUGAUAAUUAAAAAACCAAAGAUCAAAAAUAUAGUGAGGAAGAAGUUAUUGUUUUCGCAUAAUACUAUUGAUGACGAAACCAUGAAGAAGAAGAAGAAGAACAAUAAUAAUAAUAACAAGAAAAAUAAGAAAAAUAAUAACAAGAAAAAUAGGAAUAAUAAAAAUGUUGAUAAAGUAAUCACUAAGGAAUCAGGUGCUGACGUGAAUCUCUCUGAAGGUAAACAGAGAAAAAAUGAUGGAAAGCUAAACAGAAAUAAUAAUUAUAAUAAUAAUAACGACAACAACAAGAAUAAUAAUAAUAAUAAACUUUUUGAAGAUAGUAAUGGUUGUAGUUGUUAUAACAUCAACAACAACAGCAGCAACAAUAAUAACAAUAAUAAUAAUUGCAAUGAUAAUAAUAAUAAUAAUGUUAAUGAUUUCAACAUUUUUCUUAAUGGGCACAUAGAUGAAUUAACAUUUACUAAUAAUGGUAGUUAUAAUAUAAAUAAUAAUAUAUAUAAUAAUAACGGAAUUGAUAACUACAAUAAUUUUUUAUUUAAUAAUAAUCAUAAUUUUGGUAAUUAUGAUUAUAAUAUAAUUAACAAUUAUAUUAAUCCUGGUGAGGAGUUGAAUGGCAAUUCAUCAGCAAAUGCUUUUGACAUUGUCAGCUUUAUACUGCAAGAUUAUGAUGAUGGCUCUUCUAUUAGUAUCUUUGACAACAACGACAACAACAACAACGACAACAAUGUCAUUAAUAACAGCAGUUUAAGCGUGACCUUGAAGGAUAAUGAUGUUGUUGCUGAAGGUGUGAACAUUGACAACAACAACAACAACAGCUUGAACAAGGAUGACGUCAUCACCACCACAAAUGACAACAACGAAAUCAACGGCCUAGCAAAACAACUGGACAACAACAUCAACAAAGAUGAUGACGUCAUCGAAGACAUCACCAUCAACAAUGACAUCCACGAAUGCAACAUCAACAACAGCAUCGGCAACAGUUCUAGCAUCAACAACAGCAACCUUAACAUCGGCAACGUCAACAACAACAUCAACAGCAACUCUAACAUCAACAACAACAUCCACAAUAACAUCAACAUCAAUCCCAACGCACACAACAACUACCAACAACAACAACUCAUGGAAAGAGUGAAUGCGAUGACAGGAAGAUUCAUGAGGGGUGUUCAGCAUGAAAAUAUGUUGGAGUUGCCCCUCCAUUUUUUUGAAUACACCUUCAAUUAUAUCCUAAAUCGCUUUGGUAAUUAA